UCUGGGCGCUGCCACAGGAGCUUUUGAGCUUGCACCUGCUUCCUCACCACCACUCCCGCACAAAUCGUGCCAAAAGUUGGCUGGCCAAUCGCUGCCGCUUUGCAGGACAGCUACCCCUCGAGCAUUGCUCCCGCCGAGCCUCUCUCCCUUUAGAGCGGCCUGCGUACCCCGCUCGCCGUUUUUUCCCCUUCCCGCGGGGGCCCAGGGUUGCUCCCAUCUCGUCGUCACAACGACUUCAAUACUUUUUCGGCCCUUUUUCGUUUCAUUUGCCCACCUUUUAGACCACGCCGCAGCCAGGCCUGCGUUUUUCACCAAGCCUAAGAUCAUUUGCGCGACUUUUAUUUACACCACUGGGCGCGCCCAGUCAUCACGAACCAAAAGGAUGGCACCCAAAAAGGCGGUUGUAGAGGAGAAGAUCCUCCUAGGCCGCCCCGGCAACAACCUGAAGAGCGGUAUCGUCGGCCUGGCCAAUGUUGGAAAGUCGACCCUCUUUCAAGCCAUUACCAAGUGCAACUUGGGCAACCCAGCCAACUUCCCCUAUGCAACAAUCGAUCCGGAAGAGGCGCGCGUCAUCGUGCCUGAUGCGCGGUUCGACUGGCUGUGCGACAAGUACCAGCCCAAGUCACGGGUCCCUGCAAACCUGACUGUUUACGACAUCGCUGGCUUGACUCGCGGUGCCUCCACAGGUGCCGGUCUCGGCAACGCCUUCUUGUCGCACAUCCGCGCUGUCGAUGCCAUCUUCCAGGUUGUCCGGUGCUUCGAUGAUGCCGAGAUUAUCCAUGUCGAGGGAGACGUCAACCCUACGCGUGAUCUUGACAUCAUCAGCGAGGAGCUCAGGUUAAAGGACAUCGAGUUCGUCGAGAAGGCUCUCGAGAACCAAAAGAAGAAGACGCGCCAGGGUGGACAGAGUCUCGAGGCCAAGAAGGCCAGGGAGGAAGAGGCAACCAUCGAGAAGAUCCUCGCAUGGUUAAAGGACGGCAAAGAAGUCCGGAAGGGCACAUGGGGUCCCAAAGAGAUUGAGGUCAUCAACCCCCUGUUUCUGCUUACCGCGAAGCCUGUGGUCUACCUGGUGAACCUCUCGGAGAAGGAUUAUAUUCGCAAGAAGAACAAGCACCUCCCGAAGAUUGCCGAGUGGAUCAAAGAGCACGCCACCGGUGACCCAAUCAUCCCGAUCUCGGUUUCCUUUGAGGAGCGUCUCACGCGAUUCGAGACGGAUGCCGAGGUGGCCGAGGAGUGCAAAACGGUCGGGGCCGAGUCUGCGCUGCCGAAGGUCAUCCUCCAGAUGCGGAAGGCUCUGAACCUCGGAAGCUUCUUCACAAGCGGUGCGGAUGAGGUGCGGCAAUGGACAAUCCGUAACGGGACCAAGGCACCACAAGCCGCUGGCGUCAUCCACACGGAUUUCGAGAAGACCUUCAUUCAAGUCAUCGUGUACAACUUCUCGGUCCUGAAGGAGCUUGGUGACGAGUCAGAAGUCAAGGCGAAGGGCAAGGUCAUGACCAAAGGCAAGGACUAUGUUGUCGAGGAUGGAGAUAUCCUGUUGAUCAAAGCUGGCGCUGCCAAAGGGUGAGGUCACCUGCUAGCUGGGAAGUGCUGUACGAAAGAGAUAUCACAGCCUUCGGCCUUAGUAGGCCUGGUGUGAAUGAUCUAUACGGUCGCUUCGGCCUCACUAACCUGUCUUGUUCGCUCA